CUUUAUUGCUUGUUUUGUUGGUUUCAGAGACAGCAAGAAAAUUGUUGGAAAAAGAAAAAACGUUGACGAAAACAACCGAUGAGAACGGCUGGGCACCACUUCACUACGCUGCCUAUUUCUCUACUAGGUUAAAUAUUUCAGUUGUGAAAGUAUUACUAGAACAUGAUGCGUCCGCGGCCUACAUUGCUGAAACGGAGAAGAAGAGAACAGCACUUCACAUCGCUGCCAUUCAAGGACAUGUAGACGUAAUGAAAGAGAUUGUUUCUGGAUGUCCAGCUUGUUGUGAGCUAGUUGAUAACAGAGGUUGGAAUGCCCUUCACUAUGCUGUGGCAACGAAAGAUAGAGAAGUAUUCAAGGAAUGUAUGGAGAUUCCUGAACUUGCAAGACUUAAAACGAAGAAGGAUGACAAAGGAAACACGCCCUUCCAUCUAAUUGCUGCUUUAGCACUCAAGCUCGACAACUGGUUACUUGUUUUUCGGUUUAGAGAAGAAGGAAUAUAUGGCCUUAAUAAGCAAAAGCUGAGCAUCAAGGACAUAUAUAACGGACGUUUAGCUGAGAUACAGGAGAUCCUAGAAUCCCUUGAAGAUGUUGGCAAGGGACCGUUUGGCUGCCGCCGGCGCAUUGUUCUGGAAGAAACGAAUGAGAAAAACAAAAAGGAAAAGGAUGCUUCGAAUAAAGCAUGAGUCUUUGAGUACUCCAGUGAAGACAAUCAAUAGGAU